AUGCCCCUUGUUUCCCGCGCUGAGUGCUCCGAGGGUGCUUCCUGCAGCGAGGACGCUCCCCGGGAGAGAGCCGCGCACAAGGAGGAGCGCGUCGCUGUCGCCGGCUUCGACGUGCGAUUCUUCGAGGUCGUCUGCGACAUGCUCGUCGUCGCGCCUGCGUGCGACGCCGACGCACCCGGCCGUGACGUUGUGGCGAGCCACGCCGCUGCUGGCGCUGCCGCGUGCGAUGGUACGGCUGCUGCUGCCGAUGGGAGCGAUUCGAUCCUGCGCGCACGUAUCGACGAGCAGGAAGCGCAGAUGGCGCAGCUGGAGGAGGAAAAUCACUCUCUACGCGACCGACUGGAGAUGCGACAAGAGGAGCUUCGUCGCCUUCGCACGCGACUGCUGUCGCACAACAGCGCGGCCAUCGAGGUAGAGGGCGAGACGGACGGCACCCAACGCGACGCGCAGCGAACCUCCGCUUCCACCGGCGAUUUCGCCACCACUACCGCCGCCGCCGCUGUUGCUACUUCCGCAGCUGCAUCUCACCGCCGUUCCGCGUCGCCUUCCCCCGCAAGAGCCGCUGUGCGAGCCGCCGUUACGGCAGCUGGAGAGUGCGAUGGCGACGGCGACGGCUACAUGUCUUCCUCCUGA